UUCUUCUAUCAUCUUGUCAUUGUAUUUGCAGCAGUACAAACAUUUAGUUUGCAGUACAUUUAACCUUUAUCUGCCACUAAGAGAUAAAUGCACUUUCCCCACAUGCAACAAUAAUUGAAGUUAUCAUCCCAAUUUAUCAGAAGCCAACACUUUGUUAUCUUUAAAAUUGAAUACCAUGUUAGUCACUCAGAGAGGUAUGACAUAUUUCUAUUGAUUUUAGUCUUGAUUACUUAUUACUAUAUUUUCUUUUCAGAUAAUAUGUUUUUUAUGUUUUUUUCUCAUAGUAUAUAUUACUGCAGUGACCAGUUGCUUCUUCCUAAAUUUCUACCAUUGGAAGCUUUCAGGUCAUAAUCGCAAAGGCAUACGUGAAUAUAGUAGAUAUGGCUCAUGCAAGUGUGGCUUGUCUUAUGAGAACAAUAGAAUCGCUAUUGACAUCCAAUUCACCAAUGCAAUCUAUAACCUGUGAUCACAGUGAAGACUUUUCUGCUCUUCAUGAAAAAGAUUAGUUCCCUGGAAGUAUUUCUCAAGAACUUUGAGAAAAACAAUGUUUCUGGGGAAAUGACGGAUUUUGAAGUAGAGGUAAAAGAAGUUGCAAGUUCUGUUGAAUACACAAUUCAACUGAGACUAACAGAAACUAUAAUGGAAAAAAAUAAAAGCAUCAUAGGAAUCACUGGCUCAAAAUUUUUCAAGGGAAUCUCGAAUAUAUGGACACGCCGAAAGUUCCGUAAAAGCCUUCAACAAUUAGCAAAGGACAUUGAUUGUGUCUGGAAAGAGUCAACAAAGAUUCAAGAUAAAGGCAAACAAGUAUCAGAGGGAUCAUUGGUUCAAGACUUUUCUAGUUCAACAAACGAUAUUCUGAAUGUUAACAACAAUAUGGUUGGACGUGAUGAUCAAAAGGAACACUUGUUAGAAGAUCUGACUGGAAGCUACUCCGGUGAACCCAAAGUCAUCCCGAUUGUCGGGAUGGGUCGGGAUGGGAGACAUAGGUAAAACAACCUUAGCAAUAGAAGUUUACAAUCAUGGAUCAAUGCUACGCCGUUUUGAUGUUCGUGCCUGGGCUACUGUAUCUCAACAGCACAACAUAAAGGAAAUUUUGCUGAGCCUUCAGCAAUCGACGAUCAAAAUGGAUGACAUGGUUAAGAUGAAAGGUGAAGCAGAGCUAGCACACCUACUGCAGAAAAGUUUAAAGAGAAAGAGGUACUUAAUUGUCUUGGAUGAUAUCUGGAGUUGUGAAGUGUGGGAUGGCGUGAGACAAUGCUUUCCAACUGAAGACAAUGCAGGGAGUCGAAUACUGUUGACUACACGUAACAAAGAAGUAGCCUGUUAUGCUGGUACAGAGAAUCUUUCUAUGCAGAUAAACUUCAUGGAUCAAGAUGAGAGUUGGAACCUUUUUAAAAGUGUUGCAUUUGCAAAUGUAGCAUUACCAUCUAGGUUCGAGACUAUUGGGAAGCAAAUUGCAGAGAAAUGUCACGGGUUACCACUAACUACUGCCGUGGUUGCUGGGCUUCUCAAAUCUAAAAGGGCAAUAGAAGACUGGGAGAAUGUUGCUAAAGAUGUCAAGUCAUUUGUCACAAAAGAUCCUGAUGAACGAUGUUCACGUGUGCUUAGGUUGAGUUACAAUCACUUGACUAGCGAUCUAAAGACUUGUCUACUGCAUUUUGGAAUUUUUCUAGAAGAUAGUGAGAUUCCAGUGAAGAGAUUGGUGAGAUCGUGGAUGGCUGAGGGGUUACUGAAGUUGGAAAAUGAUUUGGAAGGAGAGGCUGGGAAGUGUUUUCAAGAGCUUGUCGAUAGAUGUCUAGUCCUCAUCUGCAAGAAAAGUCGAGAUGGAACAAAAUUUAGAUCAUGUAAGGUUCAUGAUCUAAUAUAUGACCUGUGUGUGACAGAAUUUCAAAGGGAGAACAUUUUAAUCAUGAACAACAUUGUGCUUGGCGUAUCAGAACGUGGAAAUCUCAGUAUGCAAAAAAUGCAGCCCUUUAAAUGCGUGACUGGUGAUGAAAUUAAUUAUUGUCCCUAUGGUCUUUAUAGGGCUCUUCUUACCCCUGUACAUCGUCAGUUGAGAGAUCAUGACAACAACGAUCUUUUGAAACGAACCCGUUCUAUUUUGACUUUUUAUCCUAAGGAUUCAAUUUAUGGUCCCAAAUUAGAGCUUAUUCAUUUCAAAUUACUCAAAGUGUUGGACUUGAGCGACAUAGUGAUUGCUAGUUCCCUAUACAGAUAUUAAGCCUCAUCUGGUUGAGGUACCUAUCUUUGUACUGCUGAGAGAAUUUAGACAUACCUCCAGAAAUUUGCAGAUUAUGGAAUCUGCAGACAUUCAUUGUUCAAGGUCUUAGUCAAUUCGUGAAAAUAACUUGUCCGGAGGAAAUUUGGGGACUAAUGCAAUUAAGCUAUCUCAAACUUCCCGAAUUUUAUCUGCCAAAUCACCCAAGCGUAUCUGUUGAGAAAGGGAGUCACAUGGGUUUUUCAAACAUACGAACUAUUUCUUACUUGUCUCCACGUUGUUGCACGAAGGAGGUUAUUAUGGGGAUUCAGAAUGUCAAAGAAUUAGGAAUCAAUGCAGAUUGGAUUGACUCUGAUGGGCCUCUCAACAAUCUUGUCCAUCUGCAGCAACUUGAAACAUUGAGUUUUACAUAUUGUUAUAGUAGAAUUUUGCCAGCAAGUGCAAAAGCUUAUCCAGCAACGCUCAAGAAGCUGAAGUUAAGACUUACUCCAUUAAGUUGGUCGUACUUGGACAUCAUAGCUGAGUUGCCUAACCUUGAGGUGCUGAAGCUGGUGGAUUUAAUCGAUUGAAGAUUUUGUUAGUUAAUGAUCGUUUUCUCAAGUACUGGAAAGCCACAGAUCACAAUUUUCCCGUCCUCGAGCGCCUUGUGCUUAACGAUUGUCAUAAUUUGAAAGAGAUACCCAUUGAGUUUGCAGAAAUCUACACACUACAACUGAUUAAGUUAUCAAGGUGUCUUCCCGAACUUGAGGAAUCUGCAGCACGAAUUCAAAAAGAACAAGACCUCGGAAACAACCCCGUGGAUGUUCGUAUCUCCUAUCCAUAUGUACGACCACCAGAUGUACGAUCAUAUGAUGGUGAUGAUGAAUUUGAUGAUGAUGAUGAUGACGAUGACGAUGAAGAAAAUUCAGAUGUUGAUGUUGUAGAAGAUGAUGAUAAUGAAGAUUCUGAUGUUGAUGCUGCAGAACAUGAUUAUAAUUAAGAUCUUUGGUUGUUAUUUGUUCAGAAUAACUUGAAGAGAUAAGCAUCCAGUAUCAUCCCCCGAAUUAUGGUCAAAGUUGCUACGACACACUCCAACUUCACAAGGUCCUAUUACCCUUGGAGUCAAUUUUAACGUAUUUUUGUCACCCUUUUAUGCUGACGUGACACCUUUAUUACAUAAAAAUGACGCCCACGUCAAAUGAUCCACGUCAGCUAAAAAGGUUGGUAAAAAUAUGCUAAAAUUUUGUUCGGGGGUAAUAGGGACCCCGUGAAGUGGGAGUGUGUCGUAACAAAUUUGGUCAUAGUUUAGGAGGGUACUAGAUGCUUUACUCUAACCUGUAAUGAGAAGGGAAACAAUUUGAUAAUGUUAUAGACUGUUGAUGCUAGUUCAUCACACUAUGUUUCUCAUAAAUGUAAAU